AUGGUCAGGUCCGUUUCGCCACAAGAUCCUGUGCAUCUUGAAGAGCGACGGUCAUGCGCCCUUGAUCUCGGAAGACCUCUGGCACCUCCUCGGGAAGGCUGUCGCCGCAGGUACAUCAAGACCUCGAGGACAACGUUUCCCGGUUCCGCCUCAUUCUUCUCGAGUCACAUUCGCCGUCUCGCCCGCUACUACAAGACCACGUAG